AUGUUCAAAAGAAUCACUCUGCUUAUGCUGUGCGCCAGUGCUCAAAGCAUCUCAGCAUUUACUGAAUUCUCUGGCUCGGAUCAACGACAGGUAUUCAAUGUCGAAAUUGCCAUAGUAGGCGGAGGGGCUACGGGGACCUACAGUGCCGUCAGGCUACGCGGAGACUUCAAUACCAGUAUCAUUGUGAUAGAACCAAGAGACCACCUUGGAGGCCAUGUCAGCACGUACACCGUACCCGAGACGAAGACCACGCUCGAAUACGGUGUACAGUCAUACGUACGCAAUCAAGCCGCUUUCGAUUUUUAUGCGCGGUUCAACAUCAGCACAUUGCCAUUUGCUGCCAAAAGACUGACGGCCAUCAAUGUUGACGUCGGAACGGGAUCGAGAUUGGAAGAUUAUAUUUCACCAGCUGCCAAUGCUACAACUGCAGCGCUGAAGCGAUGGCUCGACAUCGUCAUCAAGUACGAAUAUAUACUCGAGCCCGGAUAUUGGAACUUCCCACAACCGCAAGAUAUUCCAGCGGAGCUUCUGGUGCCUGUCGAGGACUUUGUAAAGCAGAAUGAACUCGAGGCCGCCAUACCGCGCAUCGUCUCCAUCUCCGGCGUUGGAUAUGGAGGCAUCCGUCACCUGCUCACAUUCAAUCUGAUGCAAGCCUUUGGUGCAACACUCACUCGGCAAGUCUUGGACGGCGAGCUUUUUCUUCCAAUCGAAAGUAACAGUCUCAUCUACCAACGUGCUCUGGCUCUGCUCCACAAAGACGUCCUUCUCUCGACCACUGUCCAAAGCGUCCAGCGAGACUCCAACGGAGCGACGUUACGAGUCAAGCAAGGUGAUAAAGAAUAUCAAAUCAACGCAAAACGCAUCCUAUACACUGCACCUCCAAGCCUCACCGCCCUUGCGCCAUACGAUCUCGACGACAAAGAAAAAGGCAUCUUCUCGCAAUGGGCCAUUGACGGCGAAUGGAUCGGCGUUGCCAAGAUAUCAUGCAUACCAGAGAACUUCUCGAUCAAUUACAUACCCUCAGCAGUAUUGCCCAACAACCAAGUCGCGAUCAAAGACUGGCCGUACUCUCUGCGUUUCGACUCAACUGGACCCACGGGGCUUGGUCUGUUCCGCGUCAUUCUUGGAGCAAACUACACGAUUUCAUCAGCAGAGUAUAAAAGGCUGGUAGCAGAAGGCGUGCAGAAAAUUCAAGACGCUGGAACCGUGACGGGCAAUUGUACGAUGGAGUUCAAGGCGAUGAGCGAUCACACCAGGCCGGUGUGGAAGCAGAGCGCUGCGCAGCUCAAGGAAGGGUUUGUGCAGGACUUGUACUCGCUUCAGGGAUAUAAAAAUAUGUGGUAUACGGGGUCUAUAUGGGGUGCGCCAUACAGCAGUACGCUUUGGGCGUAUACUGAUACAGUAUUGCCAAAGUUGCUGGCAGACCUGAAGGAUGAUUACACCAAUAAUUGA